UUCAAGCUUGACUUGUCUUCACUGUGAUGUAGGAUACUGAUUAAUAAAUGGAACGUAGAAUGUUCACAUACUAAACUGUAAUGAUAGGAUCCUGAUGUAAGGAUUGUAAGAGACAAGUCUGGAAUCUUGUAACUAUUCCUUGUCUUGUGUCUUGUGUUGGUUGUUGCCGAUACAAUGCAAAGUUUUUUCAAGAUGCAGGUGAAAGUCAUGAGUGACGAGGAGAUAGUGUACGUCAUAGCCAAGUGGGACUAUACGGCUAAUCAGCAAGAGGAGCUGAACAUCAGGAAGAAUGAGCGUCUCACCCUCAUUGACGACACCAAAUCCUGGUGGAAAGUACGCAAAGCGUCCGGAGACGCCGGCUAUGUUCCAUCAAACUUUGUCAAAAAGGAAAAAAAGAGUUUUAUGAACAAGUUGCGGGACAAGAUUGUGCCGUCGUCACGGGAUCCUAAACAACCAGGAAUAGCACCGAUGCACGGUCUAUCUGGACACGGGUCAAGGGAUAUGGCCGAAUCGGCCGAGUUUGAUCAAAUAUGUGUUCCAGCAACUGUUAUGUAUAACUACCAAUCGCAACGGCCGGACGAGCUGUCGCUUAAGAAAUCAGAGAAGCUAACUGUUUUGGAAAAAUCUGGUGACGGAUGGUGGAGAGGGGAGUGUAACGGAGAAACUGGUUGGUUCCCGUCAAAUUAUGUCAAUGAAGAAGUGGACAGUACGCCAGCGAGCCAAAAAUCUAGCGUCAGCUCGAAGGGGGACGAGAACAUCCUCGGGGAAGAUUAUAUUCACAGCGUGGUGGCGCUCUAUAAAUUUGAGGGACGUAACGACGAGGAACUAAACUUUGAGCAGGGUGAGCGUUUGGAUAUACUGCAGAGACCCGAGGACGAUCCAGAAUGGUGGAAGGCCAGAAAUGCCAACGGUGAGGUUGGUCUGGUGCCCAAGAACUAUGUACAGGUUGAGGAAACCUCGGCGCCCCCGCCCCCAGCUGCCAAGAUUGAUAUACCGAGCGGCAUUCAGGAGCCGGUGGCCGAGCGAGGGCUUAGCGAUAACUCUUUGAAGAAUAAAGUUUGGUACUGUGGAACGUUGAAAAGGGAAGAAUCAGAAAGUACUUUGAAGGAGUUUAAUUACGAAGAUGGGACUUUCCUCAUACGAGACAGUGAAACUAUGCCCGGUGGUUACUCGGUUUCAGUCAAAGCCCCGGACAAGAUCAAGCACUUCAAGGUCCAGAGGGAAGACAAAAAAUAUUGCAUCGGCACCAAGAAGUUUGACAGCUUAGACGACCUGAUAGAACACUACAAGAAGGCGCCAAUCUUCAGCAGUACCACCAGUAACUUUAAGCUGUACCUCAGCAAACCUUUCAGGGAGGUCUGCAAUAACGGAGGCGCUCACUACCCACCUUAAGAGUCACAUCACACCGAGCCGUUGCGAGACGGUCUCACCCUUGUACAAAUCUUGCUGGUAUUUUUUCCGUUUUUUAUUUAUAGGACGCACAACUGACAGACAGUGUAGUGGAAAAGUGAAAUAGGUGUAUACAAUAUUGGAACCACCUCCCCCUGAACUUUUUCCGAUGUCAUUGUUGGUUAUACAACAAACAUGUGCCAGAGAGUUUAAUGAACUUUAAUCACACGGCCAUCUUUGUUUAGUGCCCUGUGUUAACAGUAUGAUAAUGGUGCUGGUAAACAUAGGUGGAUCAGUCUAUUUUUGGUUCACACAGCCUCCACAGUGUAAUAUAAUUAUACCUUUAUUGUGGGGCAGCCUUCUUGAUAUUCUCCAAUUCAAAUCAAUGUAAUCAAACUGAGGCUGGAAGGAGAAAUAGUCUGGCUCCUUUUUGUGCAAUGGAUAUUAUUGUUCAUUGCUGGUAUUGGAUACAAUGGGCAUGACCAAGCUGGUGGCAUGAAAGGUCAAUAUAAUUAAAGGGAGUACUCAUUAUUACUCA